AUGGUUCUCACCAAAAUCGAGAACCCGAUCGUCAUGGAACAUGCUCACAUCUAUCCAUUCUCGUUGGGAAUAGCCGGGCAAAGGCAAUCGUUCUGGGAUGGACUUAGGCUAUUUUGGCUAGAGGAAGUUGUCGAUAUAUGGCACGAAAUCCUGGGCACAGCCCAAGGAACGGAACGACUGGUCAAUACGAUGAUGUUGGAUUGUACGUCCCAUAGAGCCUGGGGUGCGGCUCUCUUCGCCUUCAAGUUUGAGAAAAUUAGUGAGGACAAGCGACAAAUGAACCUCAAGUUCUACUGGCUGCCACGUCGUACCAUGGAGCCUCAAAUGACGCUUUCGAAAGAGGAAUUUUUGAAAAGUCCUGAAAUACCAUCUGAACGUUCACUUGGCCCGGGAUUUUUGCAAUUCUUUACCGUCAGAACCGGUCAAACAAUCAAGUCUGGUGAUAUCAUCACGCUAUACACUCUCGGCAGCAACCAUUGA